UUUAAAAAAGGCGGAAGUCAUUGAUCACGACGCUCGUCACCGCCGACGUGAGCGAGCAAGGUUGCCACUGCGCAGCGUGCUUAUGAGCCGGACGGGACCACGCCCCCCUCUGGAAGGCGGGAUGACGUCAAGUAUUGAUCCUAACGGUUCGAUACUGGACCCGACACAUUGUAGACGUCGUGCAUGCGCGUCAGACAUGGCCGACUGCUGCCCGGCAGAGCCGGAAGCCACAGACAGCCGGACUGCGAGCCCGCUGACGGCCAAGAACCGAUACCAGAACCCGGCUCUGGGUCACAGCUUCAAGAGGGCGACGCUGACCAAACCGACAUAUUGUCACCACUGCAGCGACUUCCUGUGGGGACUGCUCGGCUUCCUGUGUGAAGUGUGCAACUUCAUGUGUCACGAGAAAUGUCUGAAGACGCUACGCUCACCGUGCUCCAGCAUGGCGCCCUCUGCAGUGCGGGUCCCCGUGGCGCACUGCUUCGGCCCGGACGCCGGCAAGAGACGCAUGUGCUGCGUGUGCAGGAAGCAGACGGAGGGAAACGCCGCGCUGCGUUGCGAAGUGUGCGAGCUCCACGUGCACGCCGACUGCGCCGCCUUCGCCUGCGCCGACUGCCGCCUUUGUCACACGGAUGGGAGCCGGGAGCAGAGCACGUUUCACCACCACUGGAGGGAGGGCAACCUGGCGUCCAGCGCGAGGUGCGAGGUGUGUCGACGGUCCUGCAGCUCCUCCGACGUCCUGGCGGGAAUGAGGUGCGAGUGGUGCAACGUCACGUGUCACACGCCGUGUUACCUCAACGUGGCGCCAGAGUGCACCAUGGGACGUCUGCGCCGCAUGAUGCUGCAUCCAUCCUGUGUCCGCCUCCACUCCAGAAACUUCAGCAGGAUGCACUGCUACCGCAUCACGGAGGACGGCGGCGGCGGUGUCCAUGACCUUGAUGACAGCGUUGGCGCCGACCCGUCGGCUGUGGCGUCUAAAGACGGUCAGCCCGCCACACCCGACCACGGCAAGCAGCUUCUUAAAGUUUUUGAUGGCGACGACGCCCUCAGACGAGGUCACUUCCGCCUGGUCUCCAUCGUCAAGGCCAACACCAACGAAGAAGUUCUGGGGGCAGCACUGAGGGCCUUCUACCUGCCAGAUGACGAUCAGGACUAUCAGCUGCAAGAGGUAGGCGGUCUUCAGCGUCUCCAUAGCGACGAUGUCCUGAACCGGAACAGCGGUCCGGACAACAGAACCUCCCUGAAGGACGGUGGCGACUCCUGGCUGCUCAGGAACAAAGGCCGCGACACGGAGGUCAUCAAGGUGUACGGCGGGCGGCCCAGGUCCGGAGCCAAGUACGUGACCGUGUCCGUGUCCGAGGACAGCACCGUAGAGUCCGUCCUGGCUGAAGUCCACAAGCAGCUGGGAGACGACGGGACAGGAAGUGACCUGCAGGAAGUGUGGAUGAGCAGCAAACAAGUGCAGAGACACAUGCUGACGCCAUGCCAGAAGAUUGUGGACAAGCUGCAGGAGAUCCGCAAGGUGUCUCUGCGCCAGAUGAACCAGACCCGCUUCUGCGCCGUGGAGAGGCGAAACCACCCGGUGCAGGUGAGCCUGCUGAUUGGAGGGUUGCCCCCCGAGCUUAGCCGAGAGGAGUACUGGCAGCUGAUCCAGGACUACCUGACCGCCAAGAGUCACCUGGUCGCCAUGAGCCACGCCUACCCCAGCCAAGGCGCCCUGGCGUUGCAGAUGUCGUGUUUCUCCGAGGCCGAGCGAGUCUUCAUGUUGGCCAAAGACACGAGCGUCGACAGCAAGUCGCUCUGGUCGCUCGUCAUCCCAGACAUCACGCACGACAAGCUCGGCGAGGACGUGCGCCCCCUGCUGGUGUUCGUCAACCCGAAGAGCGGCGGUCUGAAAGGCAGAGAACUUCUCUACAGCUUCCGGAAGCUUCUCAACCCGCACCAGGUCUUCGACAUGACCAACGGCGGACCGCUGGCAGGCCUCCACGCCUUCCGGGACCUUCCGAGGUUCCGGGUGCUGGUGUGCGGCGGGGACGGGACCGUGGGCUGGGUGCUGGGGGUGCUGGAGGCGGUCCGCCAAAACCUGGCCUGCCGGGAGCCGCCGGUCGGCAUCGUCCCGCUCGGAACAGGUAACGACCUGGCCCGAAUCCUGCGCUGGGGGCCGGGUUACAGCGGCGAGGACGCCGCCCACAUUCUCGCCCACGUGGAGGAGGCGGAGGAAGUCCUUCUGGACCGCUGGACCAUCCUGCUGGAUGCGCAAGACCUCUCCGAAGGCGGCAAGGAGAACUUCCUGGAACCGCCCAAGAUCGUCCACAUGAACAACUACUUCGGACUCGGCAUCGACGCCGAGCUCAGCCUGGACUUCCACCUGGCCCGCGAGGACGACCCCGACAAGUUCACCAGCAGGUUCCACAACAAAGGCGUGUACGUCAAGGUGGGCCUGCAGAAGAUCAGCGCCACCAGGAGUCUGCACCGGGAGCUGCAGCUGCAUGUGGACGGCCGGCAUGUGCAGCUACCCAACAUCGAGGGUCUCAUCUUCCUCAACAUCCCCAGCUGGGGCUCCGGUGCUGACCUGUGGGGGUCUGAGACGGACGGUCGCUACAGUAAGCCCAGCAUAAGUGACGGCAUGCUGGAGGCGGUGGGCGUGACGGGGGUGGUCCACAUGGGUCAGGUGCAGAGCGGUCUGCGUUCAGGCAUCCGUAUCGCACAAGGGACGUACUUCCGUGUGACUCUGAGGAAGUCCUUCCCUGUGCAGGUGGAUGGAGAACCUUGGCUGCAGCCUCCUGGUCACAUCAUCAUCUCUGCUGCUGGACCUAAGGUGCGCAUGUUGCGCAAGUCCAAACACAAACAGAAGAAGUCGGCGGGCGGCGCCAAGGAAGCCCGCUCCGAGAGCUCCGCCUCUUCGGACGGCAUCCAGCUGUGAGAGUCGCCGCGACUUGAAGGUGGACGACACUGAGGGGAGCAGGAAUUGUGCGGACGUGCGUGGACACGCCCAGGUCACAUUCAAAUGUUACGCUGACAUGGCGAUGACCAAGUUAAGUCUUCAUCAAGAUGUCACCAUGACGCUUCUACUUGACGCCAAUCACCACCUCAUUCUUGUUAGCUUACAUGUUUAUA